CGGGAAUCCACGAUGGGUAUCAGUGUAUUAACAGGCCCGUAGCCAGGAUUUCCAAAGAAGCACACUGAUUAUGAAAGAAAUAGAUUUCGGAAAAUGAGGCAUUGACAGAAUGACACCCUGGAUAAACAUCGUCGUAUUCCUUUGCAUAAGAGGAACAUUUCAAAUCGAUGAAGACUACGAUAAUGUUCAAGACAUGAUAUUAAAGGAAUUCAAUGAAAAUGCGGAAAUACAUCAAAUCCGAGAUGCUCAUCAACAACAGAAUAUCAGUGUCGCAAGGGAAAAUGAAAUGGAGAAAAAAAUAUGUGAUCAGAAAAUGCGCACGUGUAAGGGCAGAUGCGGUGUUCCGAAAAAUACAAGCAGCCUCAGUGAUUUUUAUUGCCAAUGUGACGACAAAUGUGCCCACUACCAAGACUGUUGUGUUGAUUUUGAGAGCGAGUGCAACAUCAACAUCAACAUCUCCAAAUAUGGCGAACAGACAGGUGGACAAAGGUCUAAACAUAGCUGUAUCAAAAUAAGCCCGUCAAAUAUGGUGUACAUGGACGAAACGUGUGCAAGCGAUUAUAUUGGGAGUGCUUUAGAAGAACAAUGUAGAAGCAGAGAUACUGUUCUUGGUCUAUUACCAGCUUAUGACAAUCAAACAGAAACUCACUACAGAAACGUAUUUUGCGCAAGAUGUAAUGAUGUCCAGUCCGCUGUAUUGUGGGAGACAAAGUACAGUUGUGUUCAAGACAUAUUUGAUGAGUCGGAUUUUCAGAGUCCUGGAACAAAUACAUUAUGGAGAGUUAUGAGUUCACCAUUUUGUUCCAUUGAGUAUGUCCCUCCUUUGAAGAAUCAUCUACUACUGAGACCAUGUAUACCAACUAUCUCGAGAUGUCCAGAGGGUACAAAUAGCUCAUUGGCCAAUCUGUGUGCGUACUCUAACUUAGACCCCUUUUCUACAUACCGACAGCAAUACUCUGCCUACCAUAACUGGUAUUGCUACAUGUGCACUGAAACUGAUUGGUCACGGCCUACGUGUACUGUUCGUUUGAGACAGAUAAGUCUUCAAAGGAGUCCCGACUUGUCCUUGUUUUCGUUCAGUGUAAUCGUGGAUGUGAGAUCAGAUACUGAAAUGACAUUGAGAUCUCAAGUGGGACACGGUAUCGGUGGAUUGAACGUUAAGAUCGCCUGUAAGUCUGACGAUCGUGGUUGCAAGGCUCUAACCUGCCCAAAGGCAUAUGAACAAGUUGGACAUACAUGUAAAUUGAUUAGUAUCAUUGUCCCCGUGCAAAUCUCUUGUAACUUUUCAAUGAGGCACGACAGAUGGUCGGUAUACCAAAUCACUGAGACAUAUAUCAAAGAUAUUUUUGAUCCAAUUGGGUUCAUUCUAAAAACUGAUUUUCGGGGAGUUGGGAAAGAUUUUAGGUUCAGAUUCAAUACAUCGUUCCCUGAGAAGUCUACAUUCUCUCAAAUUUCCACAAGAAUGGCUUCAGACUCUAAAGUCUUUAAAGGGAAAGUGGAAAUCUCUCUCCCACAACUUAAUGGUUUUAGAAUGACGUAUGAUAUGACAUUUGUAAGGGACAAUGACACUCAUGUCACACAAGAUUUUUCUCGAGUCAAAAAAAAUGCUUCUCAUAUUGAAAAACAUUUGACAAGUUGUGGGCUCCGCACAAGUUACAGAAUGGCAGGGAUGCUUUUCGUGUUUUUGUAUGUGAGCAGACAUAUCUUCAAUGACUGCUUCAUCUGGUAA